AUUGUUUCUCACGGAUCAUCGAGAUGGGUGUCAAAUCCUCGCUGGAGUGUUCCCAAACGAAAACUCACGAGAACUCAUCGAGCGCUCGCGAAAAGAAUUUUCGAUUUCACACGAACGAGAUUUUGGCCGAUUAUCAGACGCGAAUGAAAAAUGCACUUGCCGGACAACAAAUCGUGCCGGACGUUUUGUUCAAUCACAUAGGUGUCGAGAUAAACGGAACAAACGCGAAAGAGAAACUUUCUUACCUCAUCGACUUCGCGCGCAAUUCCAGCAUUCACGGACUCAAUCACAUAGUCGCGCGUCGGAGACAUCCCGUGGAAAGAAUUUUAGCGAUCGUGUUCAUCGGAGUGUGCCUGAUGCUUUGCAUCUACGUGUCGGUGAGUUAUUGGAACCGCUACCAGAACGAGGCCACCGUUCAGAGCAUCGAUUUGAAUCGGCAGACGUUCCACAUCCGGAAACCGUCGUUCGUCAUCUGUCCCGCCAAUCAAACGGACGAGAGCAAAUUUCCAGCUACCUUCCAGCGGCACGUGUUUCCACAUCUCGCUCUCAGUUUCAAGUUUAUUAUACAUUUAAUUCACUUUGUUUUUUUUUUGUUUUUAUUACAUUACUUGAGAUCGUCUAAAUUACGCUCGCAGAUACGACGUGGAGGACAAUUCGGAGACGAGAAGUUUCUUUCGGUUUCUAUCCAGCGUCGAUUACGAGAGCAUGCACGAGACGCCGAACUUCGACGCGGUUCCGCCGGACAAGUGGCUGCCGAUCUUGCACGAUCUGCGAAACGAGUUUCAUCCCUAUUUCAGUGAGAGUCAAAACGUAACGGUGUACUCGAUAAUCACCGAGAGAGGCGUAUGCCUGUCGGUGCGAAAUUACAUGAGCAUUUACGUUACGUUUGAGUACUGGAUGCAGAACAACUGGACCGUGGUACCGAAACCAGAGAUCGUACCGUUUUACCAUCCUGAGGACGAUGGCAACAUAGAGACGUUGAGAGUGCCGACGAAUGGAAUGAUGAUCAGCGUGUACUAUCCCGGCGAAGUGAACGAGUAUCAGCACAAAACGUCUUACUUGGAACCUUUUCGCGUAGACCAGUACAGCGUCUCGGUUGUGGAGUACGUCACCAGUUACAAAAUGAUGCGUCUCACGCUGAAACAGAGGAAGUGUAAGUUCAGCGAGGACGGAGGUCUGGAGAUGUGGCCGGUGUACACGUUGCACAUGUGUAUAAUGGAAUGCAGAUACCGAACGAUCCUUCAGCGCUGCGGUUGCUUUCCUCACUUCGCACGCCCGACAGCGGGUGUUCCGAUAUGCAACGCUACCCAGCUGCGUUGCAUCGCUACCAUAAAAGAUCAACUCUUUCUGCACAAACACGUACCAGCCAGGUGCAAUUGCUUGCCGAAUUGCAACGACGAUGAUUACAAGUUACAGAAACGCAGCAGUUCGUUAAGAAAUGACGUGUUUUACGACGACGUCCCGAUGAUAUGGUUCAAUCUAAUCGUAGAACUUCCGAAGAGUUUAUUCAAUCGACAGGAAGUAUUCGGAUUUAACGAUUUUAUAACGGCAGUGGGGAGCGCAGCAGGUUUAUUUCUCGGUGCCAGUGCACUAUCGGUGAUAGAAGUGUUCUACUACGUCACUCUGCACAUGUGGGUCUAUUAUCUGAAAAACAAACCGACGAAAACGAAACAGACUAAAAAAGUUUACAAACAAUAACCGAUAAAAUUGUUACUUGUUCCGAUGGUUACCGUUUGCGUUA